UCAGCCUCAGCGCCAUGUUUCUUCUGACUUCAGUCUUGGUAGCAGUUGUCUGCCUUUUGAUGGUGUGGAUCUUUCAAAAUGUUGAUGGAGGAACCCAGAGAAGGAAGGGGGAGCCUAGAGCCAGGGCCGAGGCUCGCCCCUGGGUGGAUGAAGACUUGAAAGACAGCACUGACGUCCACCAGCUGGAAGAAGACGCUGACGACUGGCAAGUGUCAGAGGAAGAGGUGGAACACAUCCCAUUCUCCCACACCCGGUAUCCUGAGAAGGAAAUGCUUACGAGAUCCCGGGAAUUUUAUGAACUUCUCAAUAAGAGACGGUCUGUUAGAUUCAUAAGUAAUGAGCAAGUCCCAAUGGAAGUGAUUGAUAAUGUCAUCAAAGCAGCAGGAACAGCCCCAAGUGGGGCCCACACAGAGCCCUGGACCUUUGUGGUUGUGAAGGACCCAGACGUGAAGCAUAAGAUUCGGGAGAUCGUUGAGGAGGAAGAGGAAAUAAACUACUUGAAGAGGAUGGGACCUCAAUGGGUUUCAGACCUGAAGAAACUGAGGACCAACUGGAUUAAGGAGUACUUGGACACAGCGCCUGUUUUGAUUCUCAUUUUCAAACGAGUACACGGUUUUGCUGCAAAUGGCAAGAAAAAGAUCCACUACUAUAACGAGAUCAGUGUUUCCAUCGCGUGUGGCAUCCUCCUAGCUGCCCUGCAGAACGCGGGACUGGUGACUGUCACGACCACUCCUCUCAACUGUGGCCCCCGUCUGAGGGUGCUCCUGAACCGCCCUGCAAAUGAAAAGCUGCUAAUACUGCUCCCUGUGGGGUACCCCAGCGAAGAGGCCACGGUGCCUGACCUCACACGGAAACCUCUGGAUCAGAUCAUGGUGACUGUGUAGGCAGGACACAGGCAGGGACGUGCUGGAAGGUGAUGCCCCCCACUCCUUUCUCCUGUUCCUUUUGGGAGUACAGGCUGCUCUCUCCCUGGGUGUUCCUGGCACUCCACUCCACAGGGCUGGCCUCUGUGUGUGUGAAGAAACCUUUGCACUUUCUACAGCACUUUGAGUCUGAGAAGCCCUGCUUCCGAUAGUGUGAUUAGCUGAACCAUACAAAGUAAGAGAUGAAUAGGUAUGUUCUCUUCCAUUUCUUAUCCACUUUGGAAAUGCAUUAAAUUUUUGCUAAGAACA